CGUGUGGAUAAUGCGAGCUGCAAACGCUGCUGCCUGCGCCAGCCACCGGUACAGAGCGAACUGGGAGCAUGGGGCAGGUGGCUUGGAAGGGUUUAUUUCUAUCGCUUUUUGAUUAUAAAACAGAGAAAUACGUCAUUGCGAAGAACAAGAAGGUGGGGGUUCUCUAUCGAGUGGUGCAGCUCUCCAUCCUGGCUUACCUGGUGGGGUGGGUGUUUGUUGUCAAGAAAGGCUAUCAGGACACAGACACAUCCCUCCAGAGCUCUGUCAUCACCAAGCUGAAAGGGGUAGCCUUCACCAACACCUCGGAGCUGGGGGAGAGGCUGUGGGAUGUUGCAGACUACGUCAUCCCUCCGCAGGGUGAAAAUGUCUUCUUUGUCAUGACGAAUCUGAUUGUGACCCCAAACCAGAGGCAAGCCACGUGUCCUGAGGUAGGAAGAACUGAGCCCCUUGGCCCCCAGACCCCUACAAAACUGGGGAGCAUCAGCAUUCCCAAUGCCCUGUGUUACAAGGAUGGGGACUGCCCGGCAGGGGAAGCAGUGGUGGCUGGCAAUGGGAUUAAGACUGGCCGUUGUUUGAAAGACAGGGACAGCAUCAGAGGGACUUGUGAGAUACUGGCCUGGUGCCCAGUGGAGAAAAGAUCCAAGCCCAAGAAACCACUUCUCGCCAGUGCAGAAAACUUCACUGUUUACAUCAAGAACUCAAUCCGCUUCCCCAGGUUUAAGUUCUCCAAGAUGAAUGUGCUGGCAACUGACAAUGAGUCCUACCUGAAGAGCUGCCGCUACAGCACGGAGCAUCCCUACUGCCCCAUCUUCCUCCUGGGGAACAUUGUCCGGUGGGCUGGGAGCGACUUCCACGAAAUGGCCUUGGAGGGUGGUGUGAUAGGAAUUCAGAUUGAAUGGAACUGUGAUCUUGAUAAAGCCCCUUCUGAAUGUAAUCCUCACUAUUCUUUUAGCCGGCUGGAUAACAAGUUUGCAGAAAAGUCCAUCUCUUCUGGGUACAACUUCAGGUUUGCCAAAUAUUACCAGGAUGCUGAGGGGGUCGACUACCGGACACUCAUUAAAGCGUAUGGAAUCCGCUUUGAUGUGAUGGUGAAUGGCAAGGCAGGGAAGUUUAACAUCAUUCCCACCAUUAUCAAUAUUGGGUCAGGGCUCGCUCUCAUGGGAGCGGGAGCUUUCUUUUGUGACCUGGUGCUGCUGUACCUGAUUAAAAAGAGUAACUUUUAUCGAGGCAAAAAGUACGAGGAAGUAAAGUCCAGUUCCAGGAAAUCGUUAUCUAGCCCUGCGCUGAAUGGGAAUCAGAGCCCUGACCAGCUCGACGGGCUCUAGGCACGCGGAUGGGUCUGCCAGCUGGACUCGUGUUCCCGGAAAACCACACAGGUGUGAAAUCACACCAGGACUGGGAGGUGGAGAUACCCCAGAUCAGGUCUACUGUCUAUUAUCGGGAUUCCCAGAGGAAAAAAAGUCCUUUAAAGACCGCCCUUCUUUCCCUGAGAUGUUCUCUGGUAUCCUGAGCUUGCAACAGUGCGUCGUCACUAUGGAUUUAUAAAAGGAUUUUAUAAAAGGAAAAAGAAGGCACCAAAUGAAUGUUUUUAUAUCUGUUGAUAGAUAUAUCUGUACCUACGUCAAUAGCCAGCGUUAUCCUGUGGCUGCGCUUCACUUCCAUGUGCGGAAGAGCCGUGAUGUGAAACACCACCGGCACUUUGAGGAGGGCUGAGGCCGAGAUUCAACCUAUCCCCUGCUCCACUAGCUUGCGGCCACCGCUUCCAACUCUCGCUUGUGUUACUUGCAAGAUCAGAUGUAAAGCAGCAGGACUGCUCCUGUCGGGAAGUGCAAUGAAACGCAGCGUUUCAGCAGCUCUCAGAGCCCAGGGGAAAGGGGCUUGUUAUCCUACAACGCCCGUGCUGACUGGGCCUGUGUCAGUGUGGGCGCAAUUACUCUUAUUGGGGGAGGGGGUGUAACCAUUAGGGCUAGAAACGGUGCUCCUCCAGGAAAAGCCUUCGCAACAGCUGCAACAAGGUGCUCUGCUCGUCUCAGGAACAGCAGGAGAAGGUCCUGCCGCAGCUCUGGAUGGAGAAUCAGUUCAGCCAUGGCUGGGUCCCAGCUACCUCACCCGCUACCCACCAUCUCCGUUUGUAGUUGGCCCAGAGAACCGACAUGUCAGAGCACAGAACAGGUGACAGCAGGCAGAGGAGUAUUUUGAAGCAAGGCAGGGACAGAUGUUUUUGUGGUUGACAUUGGGGGGGAAAAAGAGGGUUAAUGCACUGAAAAGCAACGUGGCACUGGGAGUAUCUGCACAGAGACGGUCUUGGGUUCUCCCUCCUUUGUUUCAUGGCUGGUUUAAUUUGCUCGGGGUUGUCCUUUCUGCGUAAUUUGCCAAUUGCUCAUGGUGGCGAGAGAUCUGGAUGGGAGACUUAAUGCUUCUGCUGUUUUCUCAUAGUACCCUGAACCAUACUGCAGACACUGAAAAGAGGAGCUCUGUCAGGUGAAACAGACUUUGCCAGGUUCUUCCAAAUAUACCAACAGGAGGAAAAUUUAGAAGACAGAUAUCUGCUACUUCAAUGCUCUGGUAACUUCCAAGAACUACUAGUGCUUCUUUGUUUCUCAGUAGAGAAAUAAAUAUCAUUGGAGCCCAUUUUGUGCAUUUAUGCUCACGUGCUCACUAAUCUCAGAAGAGAGAAGUGCUUAUGCAAUAUCAUUGUUUAAAGUUUGCGUUUGCUUGAGCUGACAGGAACCGACUCACCAGCUUCUGAAGACAGUAGGUGAAUAAAUAUUCCUGCCUCAUUUAAAGUUUCCACACCAUGGCUUGGUGCAAACUGAUCAGUGUUCUGUAAAACGCUGCCAGGUCGCCAUUGGCCAGGAGUCAUUGUCAUAAAGAUUAAGUGUUUCUGUGCACUCUGAAUAUCAAGAUUUAAAGGACUCCUGCUGCAGGGUCCUUACAUACUGCUAGGACAGCUUUAGAGAGGGUGGCAUUACAGAGAGCUGCUGAGAUCGAGUGUCCUGCACAAAUGGAAACAGCAAGCUGCACUCACCUUUGCUUUAACUUCUUUAAGGUGGUUACUCCGAGGUACAGGUUGAUUCUAAAUUAAAAUUCACCUUUGUUAGCAGUGGCAAACUCUGAAUCCAGUCACUGAUAGCAAACCCCACCCAGUCCAGUCCACUCCCUCUGCUUCUGUUCAGAUGCAAGUAAUUACUGAGUCAAACAUUUAGCUAGAAAACAGAAUUAAACACUGGACUUAAAAUAAUUUAGGAUAAGCUGCAAUCACAUCCAAAGCCUCCUUUCUUCAUGCCAGAAGUCUCUCCUCUAGGCAAACACGAGUCACCAUGUGUUUGACUGCACUAGUCAGGCCUACUAGAAUUACCAUGCCAAUAAAACAGCACAGGCUCUUGACUGUCAGAGCUUAAUUCUAUUUGAAUAAUUUCUAGACGGUGAAACACAUGGUGAACCCUGCAUGUGACAUCAGGCCAAGGCACAACUCAUGGAGACCAAGUAGCUCAUCGUAACACGUAAAGCUGACCGUGCUCUACUGAAACCAAUGUUUCAACUUGACAAAACAACAUCCUGUUGUUAGAUGACCAAAGCCAUUUUCUGAAUUUAAGACUUCAGGGGCUUGAGGCCCCCAAAAGUCCCUAGAAUAUUUCCCUUCUUUAUACCCUCUGUUUAACACAAUUCCCACCACCAUUGCUGUUGAUAAAACAUAACCAGAGUCCUUCUCAGGAGCUUGUUUCUUUGAUUUUUUUUUUUUUCCUCAUUGUAUUUCAUGUACAGCAAUAAAAUGUGUCACUUUAGGGCAAUGCUCUCCAAGACUCUUCUGUACAGUGUGGUUUUUAGGUUGCACACACCACCUUUUCUUUGUGAUACAUACUUACAAACAGCUCUAUAGCAAAGAUACUACGUGUACGGUGGGUGAUCGAAUUUUCCUUUCUGUUCCUGCCAGAGACAUAUGGAACCACAACAAUGCACUGUUCAGUUACAAAAAGUGCCAGCAGGCUUCCAAGUGUGUUCAGUACAGGCUGAGCUGGCAGGUAAUAAGACGCUGCACUUACUUGGUUGUCUGCAUUGCAUUGGACACAACGGUACUAAAAAGGAGCAAAGUGUUUUGACUUGUGAGAGCACUACUUAAUGUACUUUUGUAUAUGCCAGUGAAGAGCAUCUGUGACAACGAUGUCAUUUAUUGAUAGCAUGUACAUACAGCAAUUGUGGAAGUAACGUUUGCACUAGCAACUCAAUUACAUUUCUGUACCAAA